CAGAGCUCUUGAGAUCUACUUUAUAUCUGUCUUCAAUCUCAGAGAGCGUGAUGUUGAACUUGAACAAAAGAAGAGGGAACAGGCUAAAUGUUUAAAAAGCCAGACAAUAAAGACGGAAGGAGUGAAGGGCUGAAAGACAGGGAACAAAAAACCUGAGGAGAGAAUAAAGAAAUCAAGAGAUGAGAGCACCUUUCACCUCCGCCAUCUUUAUCUCCAUCAUACUUCACCUUUCAUAAAAAAAUAACAACAGCAGUGAGGUGACGGGAUGCCCAUCAAGUAUUGUUGUUGUAAAUGAAAGCUGUGUUUGUUUAUGGUGUGCUAUACCUUUAAGAGCUGCUGGCCAUAGCCCAUCCCAGAGAGGAUGGACCCAUUAGGCUGAUGAACAGAAAGAGAGAGAGAGAGAGAAAGAGAGAGAGAGAGAGAGAGCAAAAUAGAGGGAGAGAGAAACAGAGAGGAAAAAGAAAGAGGUUAUACAGUCAAAAGGAUAAGAACAGUCAGAGAAGUAAGAAAAGGAAUGCCAUUUGAAAUAACGGAGUUUGAGGAGAAGAAAGGAAACAGCAGAGGAGGGAGAAAAGGCCACUCAAGGGACCAUAGUAGUGAGAGGAGAUAGAGAGACACUGAGAGAUACAGAGAGAGGACAGGAAGCAGCUAUCUCUCCAUCUCCUUCAUGGUGUUGUAGGCGUCUAUGGGUCUGUCAGUCAAUCAGGACGACAGGCGGACACACUUAACUCGCCGGCUCUCUUGUCUGUCUCGCACGCGCUCACGCCGAUGACUUUGCUGUGUGUGUGUCUACAGAUGGCAAACCUUGUGACAUCGUUGUGCUGUGUAGUUCUCGCCGCGGUGGUGGUAGCCUACGCUCAAAGACGCAGUCAGCUUGUCGCUAGGAACCAGUAUGAGCGAAUGGGCAGUGAUGUCACCAUGCAGUGCGGCACCCUGGACAAUGACGCAUCGGUGUCAUGGAAGGUGAACGGGACGGACGUGAAGGCCCAGCAUCAUCUAGAGGGUCCCAGACUGAUGCUGAACGAAGUGGACCUGGGCCACAAUGGACUCUACAGCUGCUUUCAGAACCCACACGGAGAGAGACGCGACACCAUCUACCUCCACAUCGGCAUUCCCCCUCGGGAGCCCACAGUCACCUGUAGAUCCAACACCUAUCCUAAAGGCUUCUACUGCAGCUGGCACCAGCUGCACCCAACGUACAUCCCCACUACCUUUGAAGUGGACGUACAACAUAACCAGCGUUCACUGGAGGUGCAGAAAGACCCGGACCACAAGAAUCGCUGUCGUGUACGUUUUCCUGAGGUCUUCUCCAGCUUCCCCUACAAAGUCAACGUGACAGCAGUAAAUGCUUUGGGGAAAGCCUCCACUACCAUUUCCUUUGAAGAGUCCAGUAUAGUCAAACCAGACCCCCCAGAGCGUGUGACAGCAACCCCGAUCCGUUUUAAUGCCCGAAGACUGGAGGUAUCCUGGCACAGCCCUUCCACCUGGCCUGACAUCGAGAACUUCCCCCUGAAAUACUUCCUUCGGUACCGGCCACUCAUCCGAGAGCAGUGGCAGCAUGUGGAGCUAUCUGACAGCACCUCUCACAACAUCACUGAUGCCUAUGCUGGGAAGGAAUACAUCAUCCAGGUAGCUGCCAAGGACACAGAGAUUGGAACAUGGAGUGACUGGAGUGUUGCUGUCCAUGCUACACCCUGGAUUGAAGAUCCUCUACCGAUCACUUCCACAACUGAAGGGGACUUUUCUACCGAGACCAAGACCUCCCCCAUACCAUCCUCCAACGCACCACAAAAGGCUGAACCUCCAGUGGGCAGAGCUGCCAGGCUCCUCACAUUCUUCUCUCCUUUGCUGUUAGGAAUGCUGCUGCUGUUCAUGUGAUGUAAACGUCUUAUUCCUGAAGGCAGUAGGAGGAAGAAAAGGAGGAGGAGGCUGGUCUUUUUUCUAUUUUGCACAUGUUUCAAGGAUACAGUGCAUCAUUUCUGUCCAUCACACAGUUACUCACCAAGAUUACUUAGACAUGGAAUCAGACGAUGAUAAUGCGAUUCAGCAUUUUUGAUUAAUGGUGACAAAGAAAUUCUUCAGAGGAACUUUUGAAAGCGGCAUCCUCAUCAUCACGAACAACAACAGCAGCAGCAACAGGAGCAGCAACAACCACAACAACAGCAAUGAUAUCAGCAUAAACAGUCUUAUAUUACCCCCUGGUGGCUUUGAUGGGCCACAGCAGACUUUGUUUGGCAGGCAGCGGUUUGGUUUGGGAAUCUUCGGAGCAACUCCUCAGAUGAUGAAGAAAAAUCUCCUCAUUACCUUUUUGUUUUUAUUUUUCCAUUAAUAAAUUGAUAAAGUCUUAACACACACAUACAAACACACACACACACGUAGAGCAUUCACGCGUGUGUGUUUGUGUGUAUAGCUACCAUAGCAGUCCCCAUACAGCUAAAUCUUCAUGCCAAAGACUCAACUCCACCCCCAACAAAAUGGUUCCCAAAAACAGUUCACUUAGCUUCCUGAAGCCUGUGUCUGCCUUCGUCGUGGGUGGAAAAAAAACACAGAAAGUUGUGUGCACGUGUGUUUGUGCACGAUUGAUACUGACUGAAACAGUACACAAAUGAAACUCUGGACGAAUCUGAGGAACCCCGCGGCUCCUGUUUGUGUAAAACCUACCAUUUAACAAAGAAGCCACAAAAAUACCCAAUCAGACUCUUAAUCUGUCAACUCCAAUGGCUGACUCAAACAGACGGAGAGAGUUGUUAUUUUUGAUUUUUUUUGUUUGUCUGUUUGUUUUUUUCGAUAUGAGGACUAACACUUUGAAGAAUUCAGUAACGGUAGUCUGGCUUAUUUAGACAAUUAGCUUUACACUCUGCUUUCAGCGACCGGCAAAGAGGACCUGGGUUGUAAGAAAAAAAAAUAAAAUAUAAAAAUAAAGUGGAUUUGAGACUGAACAAUUCUUUUUCCAUCCAUUUGUUUUGGUUUUCGACUUUGUAUUGACGAAGUUGGUUAUUGAAACACUGAUAUGAGCUAUGUUGGUUCUCCAUUCUGCUCUGUGCUGUAAAAUACAAUAACACAAAAACAGUUUGCUUUCUGACGCCUUUAAAAACAUUGAAAAAAAAAAUGUCUUUUUGCAGUUUACAUUUCAAUAGCCAAUAUCACCAGUUAAUAUUAUGUUAUUCAAAGGAAUAUUGAUGUGUUUUAUUGUAUUUUUUGUAAUUAUAAUAAAAACACACAUAGAGGAUUUUAGUUUUAUUUGUUUUUUGUUUUCAGACAUUCAUAAUGGCUUAAUUCUCCUUGAUCCUAUUUUGUAAACUAUGAUAUGUAACUUUAACAUUGAACAAAAGUUUAUUAUUUAAUAAUAAUAAUAAUGUAUGUAUUAGCAGUAGAAUGUCGUAACCUGUACCUGGGGUCUUUUUUAUAGAUGUAUAUACAAUGACAGGUUUCAACCAUUAAAUGUGACCAUUUCACAAUGAAUGACGA